AAUUAGGGUUGAGGCCUUUUAGUAUAGUGAAAAAGUGAUUUAAUUAAUCCGAAUAGUAUUUAAUGCUAUUCUGCAUGGAAUUUUAUAUGGAUAAAAUCUUGAAUAGUUUGGGAGACAAAUACGGCUCCAUGGUGCAGUUCAACAGUAGUGAAGACUGAACCUUUACAGAGAAUGCAGAGCUCUCGUGGUGCUUUCUUAGCUUUUUAAAUCAUUUCCAACACCCUUCAAGAUCCGGAAUUAGUUGCAAGCAUGCAUCCCGGAAUUGAAUAGUCGCCGGUGGCAGAUGCUUCUCGCUCUCACCUCCAACUCUGGUACCAUCGUUCAUGGCUCACAGCAGCGGUAGCAUUCCAUGCUUCAGCUUCGCCGCCGCCGCAGCUGCCACUAUCUCCGGAAUUGCUGCAGCAGAAGAAGAGCAAGCCAGGCUGAGGGGGGUGGCAGCGGAGGAGGAGAGGAGGAAGAGGAGGAUGGCGUCGAACAGAGAGUCGGCGCGGCGGUCGCGGAUGAGGAAGCAGAGUCAGCUGGCGGAGCUGUGGUCGCAGGCGGCGCGUCUCCGGUCGGCCAACCGCCGGCUGCUGGAGGAGUUGAACAGGGUGAUGAGGGAGCGUGACGAGGUCCUGGUGGAGAACGGCCGGCUGAGGAAACGCGAAACGGAGCUGGAAAAGAAGCUGAAGAAGCUGCAAGCUCCGGCCAGUGGUGGUUGUGUUCCAGGGAAUUAAUUAUCAGGAAGAAGAAGAAGUAUAUAUUCUGGUCUGAUAGAGAGUUUAAUUACAGAGUGAUCAAGAAAUCAUACAUAUAAUCGAUUCCUCCUUUCUUCUCUU